UUUUUUUAUAAACCUUCAAAAAAAUUAGAUUCAAUUUUUUUUUAUAGUAACUUUGACUUUUAAAUGGUUGUUAUAGAAACAAGUUCUUUGAAAUAGUGACAUUAAGUCAUAUGAAGAAAUGAGAAUUUUAAUAAAAAAUACAAAUUAAAUAUUAUUUUGCUAUCUAUAUUCAUUAUUUUAUUUCUAAAUUAUAACUUAAUAGUAAUAGUUCCACCGUCAAACUGUCUCACAGCGGAGAAAAAGAAAGAAAUCGAGGCAGCAUGCCAGAACCUGUACAUCAUCAAAUAAAUGCUGCUCGUAAAACAUUUCAAACACUUUAUCAAAUUUCAAAACUAUUAAAUACAAAUUUGGAUCCAACAACAUUAAGUAUAUGUAUUCGAUUAUGUGAGAAUGGUGUAAAUCCAUAUGCACUUGCAAAUGUAGUAAAAGAAUUACAAAGAGAAGUGAGAGCUAUGGAUAGCAUUAAUCAACUAGAUUCUUCUACUAGCAAAUCUAGUUUAAAUAAAUAAUUAAUCAUUUAUUAUUCAUAUAUAUAUAUAUAUAUAUAUAUUGAUUAUAUAAUAAUUUUACAUAAUUUAAUGAGUGAAAUGAAAUCUAAUAAUCUAAUAAUCAUUUUUUAUAUAUAUAUAUGCUGAUAAUAUGUGAUUAACAAUAAAAUAUUUAAUUGUUUUUAAUAUUACUUAUGAAAUACUAUCAAUUGUUACUCUCCAUUAUCUUUAAUGUUAAUAAUGAACCAUAUUAAU